UUCUGUGCUGUUUGGGGAAGAAGACCAGUCGAGGUGGAGGGAAGGGCUCAAGGCAGGCACAACAGUGUCAGGGGUAAAGGCCUCUUGCAAGAAAGAGUAAGUGUUCUGGGUAAGAAUGUGGUUGUUGUCAAUUUGGUACCAGAAGGGGUACCUACCCAGUAUCCCAACCUGAUGCAUCUUAGUUUCUGGUUUCACAAAUGCUGAACCCAACUGGCCACUAUCUGUAUGUUAUCCUCUACUUAACUGUCUUUUUCUCACAACAGCCACGUUUCACAUUAAACUCCUUGCAUAAUGUUGGUUAAAGGCCCUGCGAGAACAGUGAAGUCCCUUAUUUAAGAAGAGAAAGAAUACAUAAAUGACACAUCCAUAAGUUGACAUAAGAAUUGCUUAGUGCUUUCCUCUAACCUUUAGUUUUAGAUUUAGCUGUGCCUUCCAGUGACUCUAAUGACAGAGAAGCUGCAAAUGGAUUUGAGUUCAGUUCUUAGAAAAAGUGAAUACCUGGCACGGAAACCGUUUUUUCGAUAUAUAAGGUGGAAAGAGCAAAUUAAAGACUAUUCUUUAAUAACAAAAUGUAAUUAAAAUGCAUUGUGAGAUUUACGUUUUAGUACCUCAGAGGCACUGAUAUUACCUGUUUCUGAAAUGAGAUUGCUGAUGCAGAAAAAAGCCCCCAAAUCUCAAUAUAUAGAAAAUUUUCUUAACCACCUCUUUUUUUAAUUGUGAUGUUAUGAUAUAAUUUAAAGGGUAAGAUGGAAAUGUAUCUCUUGUGCAAAUUAUAAACAUACUCAAGACUUUGUCACUUAGGGAGCUUCAGGAAGAAGGAUUCUUUUUUCUAUAAUCAAGUAUUUAGAAAAGACAAUUUGAAGUUCCUUGGAGUGUUCUCGGUGGUACAAUCCAACCCUCCCACACUUUUUCUUCUUUUUCUUCUCGAAUGGUUUAGUUGCUUAACUAGGGUGAUUCAAAAGUAAGGCAGUUUGGUUUAUCAUUGGUUUUCUGGUUUCUUCUUUUUUUAAUUUUUUUUUAAUUUUUAACGUUUUAUUUAUUUUUGAGACAGAGAGAGACAGAGCAUGAACAGGGGAGGGGCAGAGAGAGAGGGAGACACAGAAUCGGAAGCAGGCUCCAGGCUGUGAGCCGUCAGCCCAGAGCCUGACGCUGGGCUCGAACUCGUGGACCGCGAGAUCAUGACCUGAGCUGAAGUCGGACGCCUAACCGACUGAGCCACCCAGGCGCCCCUCUGGUUUCUUCUUUAAUGGGGCUGGUCAUGUGGGCAAAGUGGCUUAGCUAUGUAGACGUGCCUAUUGAGCUUUGUGCCUGUUGAGCUUUGCCGCUCCCUCAAGGAGCUUGAGAAGUGGAGGUGAGGGGCCCAGGAGGUGAUUUCUCUGGGCUACCAGCUGUAGGAUUCAGAACAGCUGGACUUCUUUUCAGGGGCUGGAGACCCAGAUGCACAAGCGUGAGAGCAAGGGGGCUGUGCAGCCCCAGGUCACCACAGCUUGAUUCUCUGAUCCAGCUUUUCCCUUCCUUUCCCUGCCCCAUCCCCAAAGCAUCAGGGAUAUAAUAGUGUGGGUUUGGUGACAUGUUGAGGGCUGCAGUGAUCGGCAUAUUCCUUAUUUAGGAGUCUUACUCUGAAUGCAUCUGUAAGAAAAUUAUAGAGAGGGUAGAAUCAUGAUUCUUUAUGUCAACAAAAAGUGGUCUCAGUUAAAAAAAAAAAUAAAUGCUAGAUUGAAAGUAGCAAUAACUGGAUUCUGCUGUCUCCCUAUGACCUUGAAAAGAUAUAUCACUUCUCUACAUGUCUCUUCUGUGGACCUGGGGUAAUAUGUGUUUCCUAGAGCUGCUGUGUGAAUGAGAUAACCUGCAAGGAGUGUUCUGAACUCCUCAGGAAUGAUGUCAAGGAGACAAAAUGCAAUGACUGUUAUUAGGGCAAAGAUAGUGAGGAGAAGACAGAUCUGCAUUUUCUUCCUUAAUCUUCUAAUCUUUCCAGAAUCUUGUGGGUCCUUUUGAGUCCCUGCUCUGUUCCUUAGGUCGGAGUGGUGGCGGGUUCCAUGCUUGGGUGCAGGAAGAAUGCCUUCUACGCCGUGAAACUCUGUUCAUCAGGAAGGCCUGUGUAGGCACCACGCUUUUGGCCACGGGUGAGUGGGACACCCAGCGAGUUGUGCUAGGAGAGCACAGGAUCUGCAGGUAGAAGAAGGCAUCUCUCCUCCCCAGGCCGAGGACAGGUAGCCAUGGACUGUGUGCUCCCUCACGGCUUGCCUGCUCCUCCUUCACAGAAUCCACCGCCUGGUGCCCAGGCUCCUCUGGUCACCCUCCAUGACAAAGGAAAGUGAAUGCAAAGAGGCCAGAGCUUCCUACCGACUGGAGUCCAGUGACUGGGGACGCCUUUUGGAGCAGUCCAGCAGUGUGACCGAAGUUGUUCCCGCUGCGGUCAACCAUGUCCUUCAGUGCCACCAUUCUCUUCUCCCCUCCUGGUGGCAGUGAGGCCAGAUGUUGCUGCUGCGCCUGUAAGAGCGAGACAAGUGGAGGCAGCACAAGCUCUCAGGGCGGGAACCCUCCUCCCAGCACCCCUAUCACAGUGACCGGACAUGGCCUGGCGGUUCAGAGUUCAGAGCAGCUCCUUCAUAUUAUCUACCAGCGCGUGGAGAAGGCAGUGGGCCUGGCUGAGGCUGCUCUGGGGCUCGCCAGGGCCAACAACGAAUUACUAAAAUGUCUCCAGGAGGAGGUGGGUGAGCUGAGGCAGGGGAAAGCCUCCGCCCCUGAGGAAGAUGGGGACGGCAGGGCCCAGGGCUCCCCAUCCGAGGAGGCUGGGCCUCUCAAAGAGAGCCCCGGGGAAGCCUGCAAGGCCGCAUCUGCCGCAGAGGAGGAGUGUGACAGCGUGGGCAGCGGCAUGCAGGUGGUGAUUGAGGAGCUGUGGCAGGUGGGAGCCGCGUCGGCUGUGGGUCCCGGGCCUUUGGGCUUCCCUGCAGGCCAGAGAGACACGCGGCUCCCCGGAUGCACCCUGGCUGCCAGUGAGGCGGCCUCGAUGCUCAAUCCUCUGGUGGAUGAUUAUGUGGCCUCUGAGGGUGCAGUACAGCGGGUGCUGGUCCCUGCUUAUGCCAAGCAACUCUCACCAGCCACACAACUGGCUAUCCAGCGGGCAACCUCAGAGACAGGGCCAGAAAAUGGAACCAAGCUGCCACCGCCCCGCCCUGAGGACAUGCUCAGUGCUGCAGCUGCGCUGGACGGUGCCUUGGAAGAGUCAGGCCCUGGGGGAACAGGGGAGCUGAGACACUCUCUAGGGUUUACUGCUUCCCCAUGCAGGACCAGAGGGAGUGGGCAGAAGAACUCCAGGCGCAAGCGGGAUCUGGUACUCUCCAAAUUGGUCCACAAUGUGCAUAACCACAUCACCAACGACAAGAGAUUCAAUGGGUCUGAAAGCAUCAAGUCCUCUUGGAAUAUUUCAGUAGUGAAGUUCCUUCUGGAAAAGCUCAAGCAGGAGCUGGUGACCAGUCCCCACAAUUACACUGAUAAGGAGCUGAAAGGAGCCUGUGUAGCCUACUUCCUUACUAAGAGGCGUGAGUACCGCAAUUCCCUGAACCCCUUUAAAGGCCUGAAGGAAAAAGAGGAGAAGAAGCUUCGAAGUCGCAGAUACCGGCUUUUUGCCAACCGAUCCAGCAUCAUGAGGCAUUUUGGACCUGAGGACCAACGCCUAUGGAAGGAUGUGACAGAAGAGCUGAUGUCAGACGAAGAGGACAGUCUUAAUGAGCCAGGUGUCUGGGUGGCCCGGCCUCCCCGUUUCCGGGCCCAGCGCCUCACGGAACUCUGCUACCACCUGGAUGCCAACUCUAAGCAUGGCACGAAGGCCAACCGUGUGUAUGGACCUCCCUCAGACCGAUUACCUUCUGCUGAGGCCCAGCUCCUUCCACCAGAACUUUAUAAUCCUAAUUUCCAAGAAGAAGAAGAUGAGGGAGGUGAUGAGAAUGGACCUGUCUCCCCAUCUUUUGACCAACCCCACAAAACCUGUUGUCCUGACUUGAACUCCUUCAUUGAAAUCAAAGUGGAAAAGGAUGAAUGAAAUCUAUAACCAAGAAUAACUCUGGCUUCUGCCACUCUCCAUGUCCCAGAAAUGGAUGGCCACGGGGCUUCCCAGAAUAACAAGAUGUCCUCUGCAGCCUGAGAAAGCAAAUCUGUCUCUCUUCUUAACACAGUCCCCAAUGGAAGUGGAAGCCAGCAGCUGUGCUGGGAUAAAGACUUAUCUAGAAGGGGAAAACUGCCCCCCACUGUGAAUGGCAAGCCAGAAAAUGCUUAUUUCUAAGCAUAAAUAGUGCCUCGGGGAGCCUGAGCUGAAAAAAAGGAGAAGGAUGGGUCUAAGAAACAUGAGGCCUUCUUGACAUCUGCCCCAGUCUCUGAGUUGGUUUUUUUUCUGGUUUCACUCAAAGCUCUGGGGAAGCAGCCCUGGUUGUACCUUCUGCUUCCCCAUGACUGCUGGUCUGGCUCUGCAGUGGAAGCCGCACAGAACCAGUCCAGGAUAAUACUGCCACCUGGUGGGCAGUCUCAGCCAUGGGCUUGAUGCUUCUGAGCAGAACACGGCUGUGUCUCUAUUUGGGAAUUGGGAUACAGAUAUAAUAGCUAUUGUUUAUUGAAUUAUGUAAGGCAGAUUUUAUUAUUCCCAUCUUACACAUGAAGAAAUUAAAGCUUAAAGAGUU